CAAUGGCACCCUGGACACUGCCUCUGUUGCUGCCGCUGCUGACGGUGGUGGUCUGGCCUCUGGCAGUACAGCCUGCGCCCCCCACCUGCUACUCCCGGAUGCUGACCCUGAGCCGUGAGAUCAUGGCUGACUUUCAGAGCCUGCAGGCUUCAGAACCUGAGGAUUCAUGUGUGAGGUACUUGCCCCGGCUCUACCUGGAUAUCCAUAAUUACUGUGUGCUGGCCAAGCUGCGGGACUUCGUGGCCUCCCCUCAGUGCUGGAAAGUGGCCGAAGUGGACACUCUGAAGGACAGAGUGCGGAAGCUGUAUACCAUCAUGAACUCCUUCUGCAGACGGGACUUGGUGUUCCUCUCGGAUGACUGCCAUGCUUUGGAAUACCCGAUCCCCGAGACCACGACUGCUCCAGACCAGCACAGCUAAGAAAGCAGGUGGACCAGAAGACUGACCCAGAGACCUGAAGCUGGGUCAGCUGUUCACAGCACAGCACAGCACCCCAGGCCUCCCUUUAGUGCAGCCGCUAGACCUGCCACAUGCCUCUCUACCUUCUGGAAUAACAGUUAGGAACGUCCGGCCGAGCAUGCUUUGUACACAGGUUGGAAGUCAGCUUCUAAGUGUCUCACUGAGGUAUAAGAGGCACAAACAGUAAAGUGCACACUGGCUUCUCUUAGAGGAACAAGCAGCUUGAGUGCAGCAAAAACCCGUGUCUUUGUGACUGCUUUAAUGAAAUAAUGGGACCAUUCUUUCUGGUCUCUUCUGACACCCGAAGAGGCUUCAACUCUAUGCUUCCUUCCCACACAAGCUUUCCUUCCCUUCUCUCAGUUUAAAGCAUUUUUACUGC